CUAAAAAGGAAAUGACGUCACGAUUUCCUAAGGGGAAGGGUUAUACGUAAUUUCACAAGGAUAAACUAGCGACAAUGAGUGGGCAAUUGCAGAUUCGUAAAAUAUCUGGACCAGAUGACAUUGGUACUACACCAAUGCCAAAAGUUGGACAAACACUUAGAGUUCAUUACACAGGAUAUCUUGAAAAUGGACAAAAAUUUGACAGUUCAAGAGAUCGUAAUAAAGAAUUCAAGUUCCAAGUUGGAGUUGGUCAGGUGAUAGCAGGUUGGGAUGAAGCAUUACUAAAGAUGCACGUUGGUGAAAGGUGUGAACUGAUAUGCAGCCCUGAAAAAGCCUAUGGACCCAAGGGCUAUCCAGGAACUAUCCCGCCCAAUGCCACUCUGAGAUUUGAUGUAGAACUCCUUGGGAUCGGCGACGAAAAAUAAUCUUUUUAGUUAGCUAUAUUUAGUCUGCAGGUUGUACUUUAUUUACACAGUCAAAAUGAAUUUUGUGUUCAUUAUCAUUAAUUUUUAUCAUCAUGUAUACAUUAUUGGGCUUUUGUACACUACAUGCAUUUUUGUAAGACAGCUUUUUAUCAGGUUUUUGUUUUCUCUUUUAAAAUUUCUUUUGAGACAGUAAUUUAAUUUUUUGAAUGGAUCUAGUAACAUGUUAUACAGUUCUAACAAGGUAUAGUCUACCAAGAUAUAUAGGAGAUUGUAAAAUGAUUAUAUCAUGUGAUAAAGUCAUAAACUGAUUAUAUUAGCAAUAUGAUUUUGAUUGUUUCCAUCAAAGCACAAAUAAUAUGUUACUGGACAUAUAGAACAACCAUUAGUAUGGAUAGAACAAGUCGUAUGUGUGAUACUUGUCAGAUGAAACAAUGUGUAUACAGGGUAAAUUGUUAUUUACCCGGUAAAGGAUACGAUUACCAUCAUUUAUUUGGCUUCUCAACAGGAAAAAAUAAAUCUACAUGAAAUUCAUGUACAUAAACUGAUCUUUGAUAUCGUUUUAUUCAUUGCAAGUAAAUUUCUGUGGCAAGAUUAUUUUUCACUGUGCCACUGGACCAUAUUUAGUGGGAUUGUUUAACAUUGUCAAGGUAGACUUGGUAUUUUUUUUUCUUUAGAAGAUUAUAUUUAUGUGAAAAUGCUUUUAGAUAAAUACCAUGUAGUUAGCAAGCCAACUUUAUAUUACAUUGAAAUUAUAUGAAAUGUUAAUUUUGAAAUACAAAUGAAUUUCACACUCAUAAUCAUUUGGAACUGGUAAUGUAUGUGUUUCAAAUUUAGAAGCAAGACUUUGAACUCAGUAUAUUCAUGCAUAAUAUAAAUUUCAAAAUACUAUGUAUAUGAGCAAGCCCUGUUCUAGAAUCACAGAAAAUUGCAAGAAUUGGCAAAUCUACAAAAUUGUUUAAAACUUGGGUUUGGGAAGCUCUAGGAAAACCAAGUGGAAUUUAGAUACAAGUACAAUAGGUUUGGAAAGCUCUAGGAAAACCAUUUCUCAAGUUAUACAAGUGGAAUUUAGAUACAAGUACAAUAUUUGUGAUCAACAUUGUAUAGUAGUAGGUGUUUACAUAUUUCAGCAUCUGCCUUAUUGAUUCAAGUCUACAUACUAAAUUUGAAUUUGAUAUUAAAUUGAGAACUGAAAGCAA